AACAGUAAGGCAGGCAGUGGCAGGGCGAUUGUUCUUCUUCAUCAUCACAGGUACAUCCAAGAAGGCAACCUGUUCAUCAAACCAAAGGAUCCAAUAUUGCUCGGUGCAAGGACGAGGGAUAUUUAACGUUGACGGGGAGCUAUGGCGCCGACAGAGGAGAGCACUGAGCCAUGUGUUUACGACCAGGUCGCUGAGAGACCUAGUGCUUAGAACCGUGGAGGUAGAAGCCCAUCAACGCUUGCUACCCCUCCUGCAAUCUGCCAACAUGAACGGGAUCAUUAUCGACCUCCAAGACGUGCUGAGCCGUUUCACUUUCGAUACCGUCUGUAAGGUCUCUUUCGACAUGGACCCUUUGUGCCUUCACUCCACCAUGCCUGUAAGUUGUCUUGUGCAUGCAUUCGAUAUCGCAACACAGAUCAGUGCUAAAAGGGCAACGGAGCCACUGCCCUUGAUAUGGAAGGCCAAACGCGCCAUGAACAUGGGAUCCGAGCGCAGGCUUAGAGAAGCAAUUGAUGCAGUGCACGAGUCGGUCAUGGAGAUGAUUCAGAGGAAGAGAAACUCAGGUGGGGAUGAUCUGCUCUCGAGAAUUUUGACACUCAGCGACAAAGAUGAAGAGUUUGCCAGAGAUAUGGUGAUAAGCUUCCUCCUAGCCGGAAGGGACACGGUAUCAGCGGCUCUUACUUGGUUCUUCUGGCUUCUUUGUGACCACCCAGAUGUACAACAAAAGGUAGUCGAAGAGAUCAGAAGCAGACAUGAAGUUCUUGACUUUAAAGGCUUGCAGGAACUGAAAUUUCUGAAAGCCUGCAUCUGCGAAAGCAUGAGACUUUAUCCACCCGUGCCAUGGGAUUCAAAACAUGCAAAAAAUGAUGAUGUCCUUCCGGAUGGUACUCUUGUUCCAAAAGGAAGUCGGGUGACCUACUUUCCUUAUGGGAUGGGAAGAAUGGAGAAUUUGUGGGGAAUGGAUUGUUUGGAAUUCCGCCCCGAGAGAUGGAUGUCAUCUGAAACUACAAAUAUAGGAGACGACUUCGUAUCAGUGUACAAGUUCCCAGUUUUUCAGGCAGGGCCACGGCAGUGCCUAGGAAAGGAAAUGGCGUUGAUGGAGAUGAAGUAUAUUGCUGCGUUUAUACUGAGCAGGUUUGAGCUCAGGCCUGUCAAUGAUCAGAAACCCCAGUUUGUACCAUUCUUAACUGCUCGAAUGGAGGGUGGGUUUCACGUUCUGGUUGGAAAAAGUAAAUCAUAGAGCACCACCAUGUGCAACUUUACCGCUACUUUGGCUAUACUUUUAAGCAAGGGACUCCUGAAAAUGAAGAAUAAGACAGGCAAUGUUUUUUCACAAUAAUUACAUCUUGCUCAUUUCUGAGACUGCGUCGUGUUGUUUGAGUAAUUAUUGUGAUGUGGAAGAGACGAUGACAUCAGAAACAGUUACGUGGUUUGUGGA